UUAUCGUCAGAGGUUGUAUAGAAACCAAGUAAUGUGUACCCAUGUUUUCUGUCGGACGAUGCAGACUAAAGGACCGAGUUGCUGUGGGAGGAAAAGAUGGCGCUGCCUAUGUUAAGAGGUUGCUACCGUAGCAGGCCGCCUUCAGUACUGAUUCGUUUCUUGAAACCUGAUCACGUUGUGCAGCCCCAGUCCAACAAGACUACUCGCCUGGCUCCAACUUUGUCCGUUGGUGUCGCUUCCACAGUCCGAUCUUACAGCUCUGAUCGAGGUGGAGGUAAACAAAACCAGAAGGUGGUUGUGGUUGGCAUCCCCAACCCUUUCAUAUGGUUUCGAACCCGAAUAUACUAUUUUUUGAUUCGGGUGUAUUUUGACAAGGAAUUCAAAAUCGAAGAAUUCACAGAGGGAUCUAAACAGGCAUUCUCCCAUGUUUCAAGACUGUUGUCAGGGAGUCAAUUUGAGUCUCUUGAAGGUCUGGUUGCUAAAGACCUGAUUGCAAAACUGGAGGAGAAAUGUGCUCUGCUCCCUCCCAGCCACCUGCAAGCACUUUCUGCUGAUCCGGAAGACUUGAUGUAUACAACACCGGGGGAUGUUGGCAUCUGUUAUGAUGAUGAUGUCAUUGGCAGCAGAGAACUGGAAGGAGAGGCGGCCAAAGGAAGAAUUGGUUUUGGGGGUGACCAGAGAGAUAUACCUGCUGGAGCGCGUGCUACAGGGCGGAAGUUUGUCAGUAUUCUGAUGAGGUACUGGUAUCUAACAAGUGCCCGGUUGCCUGAGGAAUCGGAGGGAACACGCAUCUUUCAGGUGGCCAUAGGUGGUGAGGGUGAGCCAGAGACUAAGAGAUUGCUCACAGCGAACUAUGAAUUCCAAAGGGAGUUUACUAAGGGGGUGCCGCCGGACUGGACCAUCACCAGGAUAGAGCACUCCAAGCUGCUGGAUUAAACUGGGAUUGUGAAUGGAGAUUAUAGGGGGAAAUGGAGAGUAGUAGAGAGACAUAGAAUGGAAGACCAUCCUUCUUCCUGACCCUACAAGAAUCCCCCUAACUGCUAAAAUCUUGAGAUGCUCCUCAGGAGCAAAAUAGCUCUCAAACUCAAGACCAGAAAAUAUAUGGGGAAUAUUCGGGGCAAACUUUCUAUCUGCCAGAAGUCACAUACUAUCCACUGUAGAAAAAGAGCAAAAGUCAAACAUGUCUGUUCAUAAUUGUACUACUAUACAGAAGUCUGUGUAAGACCAGGUUGUUGAGUUUUUUUGCCCUUGUCUCAGCAAGCACCGCAAUCAGUGGUCAAAACUAGGCUUUGUCAGUUCUGCCUCUAAGGCCUGAGAUUCAUUAUUUUGUUUAAUGGGGAGGGCAGACAAGGGGCAUCCAGACAGUGUGAAAAUGAGCUCUGUAUUGAGAUUCACCAUAUUGAGAUUCUGUCUUCGAUCUGCUGCUGUCCACGCUUUGGCGUCUUCAAGUAGAGCGUGCACACAGACUGAAGAAAAUGUCACACUUUUUUUGUUUAGGUUUCAGAUGUAAACAAAACAAAAUUAUGAUAAUUCAAGCAUGCCCUGAGCAAACUUUUCUCAAACCUCCUUGUACUCUUGCUUUCACACACUCAAUAGUUAUGUAGAGAGGAUGAAUUCCAACUAUGCCAUAAAAAUUACUAUAGCUA